AUGGCGGCACACGGGCUACUGAUCGGCUACGCAGCCAUCUUGUUGCCGCAGUUGCGUCGGCCUGGCUCCAGCAUACCCAUCGACGAUGCUUCCGGCUCCUGGAUAGCGUCUAUCCUGGGAUUUGCGCUCGUCGCUGGAAACUUCAUAGUGCCAACGAUAAUGGCCAAAUACGGCAGGAGGACUGCCAACUUAGCGAGCAUAGCGCCCAUGCUCAUUGGAUGGUUCUGCAUCAUCCUCGCUACCAACAUAACAACACUCCUCAUCGCAAGACUUCUUCAAGGCCUCGCCAUGGGUAUGAGCGCAUCUCUCGGUCCAGUAUUGAUUGGAGAAUACACCAGCCCAUCAAAUAGAGGAGCAUUCCUCACUUUUAUAUCAUUAUCAAUAGCAACAGGAGUUCUUUGCGUCCAUUCCCUCGGAUCCUUCCUCAGUUGGCAAGUCACUGCUUUGGCGAUAGCUUUAGUAGUUUUCGCGGAUCUGCUGAUAGUGAUGCAUUCUCCAGAAUCCCCGAGUUGGUUGGCUGAUCAAGGAAGAUACGACGAGUGCAGAACGGUCUUCCGUUGGCUGAGAGGCGAUGAAGAAGAGGAUGAACUAGAAAAAAUGAUCGAAGCAAGCAGAAUGGCACGAGAAGCCAAGGAAUUUGAAAACGCAUCAUCAGACACUUUCGGAAAGAAACUGAGAAGCAACUUGGGUUACAUAAAUGCAACAAUGAGAAAGAAAGAGUUUUACAAGCCAAUUUUUAUAAUGAUCCACAUUUACACUUUAGGGCAAUGGGCGGGCGCAAACGUCAUAUCAGCGUAUACCAUUGAUUUGUUCACGCAUAUAAUUGGGGACGACGUAAACUUACCUCUAAUUAUGAUAACUCUGGAUUUACAGAGAAUCAUUUCGAACAGUAUCGCAGUCUUUGUUAUAAGAAAAGUGAAACGACGGACGAUGUUGUUUUCCACUGUGGGAAUAAACUUAUUCGCAUUUCUGUCAAUAGCAGCUUACACUUACUGCAAAGGGCAUAAUCUUCUGCCAUUCGAUCAUCCAGCAAUCGGAAUAGCUUUAAUCCAUGUUCAUAUGUUCUCAAUAGCAACGGGGACAGUCCCUCUGCCUUUCAUCAUAGCCGGAGAAGUAUUCCCAUUAGAAUACAGAAGUUUGGCUGGUGGAAUAAGUGUACUCUUCCUAUCCUUCAAUCUCUUUAUAACGGUGAAGACGGUACCAUUCUUGUUCAAGACCAUUGGUAUCUAUGGAGCUUAUGUCCUCUACGCGUCAGUGGUGGCCUACUGUUUGGUGGUAUCUUUGCUGUUUCUACCAGAAACUAAAGACAGGACUUUGCAAGAAAUUGAGGACGAAUUUCGAGGCAGACCACUUUCACCUGAGGAACUAAAGUUCACACAGUCGCUGACAUAUUUGACACAUAAUACAGACAGAAGAUUUAGCAGCCCAUUUGUGUGA